AUUAUAAUAUAAUCAAAUUAGAGUGAGCUAAAUUUAUAUUUAUAUAAAUUAAGGCAUGGGCGUGACCACAGGAAUCACCAACAUGAUGCUCAUAAUCAAGCCAUUCCCACUACCGGGAGUGCGGUGCAUGAGCAGCUUGGCAAGGCCGUGUAAGGAAAAAACCGCGGAGAAACAAGCGGAGGAGGGGCAGAGGACGGGGUGGUGGAUGCCGGACCCACGUACCGGAAUAUAUUUUCCGAGGGGACAAGAGCGGGUGAUGGAUGGUAUCCCAAGCGGCGCUGCUUCGUUUGAUUGUACCUUCUGGUUAAGGGCCAUUGAUGGAGUUGAUGUUGAUCAUCAUCAUAAACAAGAUCCAUCAUCGUAUAAUUAAUAUCUCAAUUAUCAUCCAACCAAUAACUCUUGUUUACUUAAUUAAUGGAUGAUCCCACGGUUCACUCCAAACUCAAUUAAUCUAGUUAUCAUCCAACUAAUAAAUCUUGUUUCCUUGAAUUAAUGGAUGUCCCCACAGUUCUAAAUAGACAUGCUCUUUCUAUUAAGUUGAGAGUACGAACUGGUACUUGAUGUACAUCUCAUGUACUCAUGUUAAAAUAAGUAUAUACUCCUACUAUAUACAUCAGAUUUACUUUUU